AUGAUACAUCCUGACAGUGGUAGGAUUACGGUGGCUCGCUAUCUCGAUGCGGACAAGCACGAUAGAGUGGUCCUCAACGUUCAGGCAGAUCUUGUGAAUGGUGGCUCUAAUCACACUCAAGUCGUUAUCCUGAUUGAAGAUCAUAACGACAACACUCCACGAUUUCCCAUAGAUCUGGUGGAGAUCACUAUAAGCGAAAAUCAGUCGGUUCACGAUCCAUUUUACAUAGUUCAUGCGACGGACAAGGAUAAGAGGAAGAACGGAGCCAUUUCGUACUCCAUCAUCUCCUCACAUCCCCCUUGUCCAGUCAUGGUCCAACCUCUAACAGGACAACUGCAAUUGACUGACUCACUUGAUUUUGAGGAGAACAAGGAUUACCGUAUCCGCAUCAAGGCUCAAGAUCACGGUAUACCUCCACGCUCCACCAAUAUGACGCUUGUACUGCAUGUAUCUGACUUCAACGAUAAUGCUCCUAUUUUUGAAACUAAAAGAUACGAGGCUGAGGUGCCCGAAAAUUCACCGCUGAUGACUCUUGUGCUCAAGGUGAAGGCUAGAGACGAGGACUCAAGAGAAAACGGCAGGAUAUCGUACAGAAUUACAAAUGGAUCCAGUGCUUUUGGUAUUGAUGAAAAGACAGGUGUCAUCUAUGUUAAUGAGAACAUUGAUCGAGAAGUGAGAAGUGUUUACGACAUUACCGUAACCGCGCAAGAUCAAGGAAAGCCGCCUCUUUCUUCCUCCAUUCCCGUUCGGAUACAUAUAUCCGAUGUAAAUGAUAAUGCUCCUUCUUGUACUUCCGUCGCAACUAUGGUGGUGCCAGCGGAUUCAGCUCCAACGACCACUGUAGGAACAAUUGUGAUAACCGAUCCAGACAAUGGCCCAAACGGAACUGUUAUCUACCGCACGAUUGUGAUAACCGAUCCAGACAACGGCUCAAACGGAACUGUAAUCUACCGUAGUCAACAGUCACAUCAGCUUUUCGUUGUGAAAAGCAACGAAAUAUCAAAUCACUUUACUGUGAUGGCAGAUGGGAAGUUAUUCAUUUCGUCACUUCCACAAUCACCCCCUCCAUGGGCGCUCUCGCUAAUUCUUUCCGACAAAGAGGGUCGACAGAAGCAUCUUUCAAUUAGAAUUUUAGAACCGAGUUCAGCGAUACCGACAGAACCAGUGAGGCUCUCUCCUUUGCUUCCCAUCGGCUCAAAAGUUGCUAGUUUGGGUUCAAAGACGAAGAAGAACAGAACUUCGUUUUACUCACUGAAAAAUGAGUCUUCCUUCUUCGAAUUGGACCAAGCAACUGGAGAUAUUUACCUCAUCAGGAAAAUACGCGAUAUGCAAGAUCGUCGGAUCUCCCUUUAUUAUAAUCAGAUCGAUGCUACAACAUCUGAAUUGGAAGGAAAACAAAUCGAUUUUGAAAUUGGGAAUGGAUCCGUCGAAGCACCAUACUUCGCUGAAGACUUCAUGCGAGUUACUGUCCCAGAGGACGCUAUUAUUGGCACAGUCAUUGCUACUCUAAAUGCUACGGGUUCUGGUCCUUUGGCAUCA